AUGGUCGCCGUCACCCUCCCCCUCCUGGCAUCCCUGGCCGCAUCCCCCUCGCGCGUGGGAAUCGUCUGCGCGCGCUUCAAGGAACCCCUCGAGCCAUGGGCCGGCGUCGCGUCGUCAACGUACCUCUACGCGAAAGGCGGCGUCCCGCAGACCAACGACAGCGUCCCGCACGCGGCCUUCCGCGCCUACGUACCCCUCCGGAACAUCGGACGAGAGGGACACACGCACCUCUACCACAUCGUCAGCCGCUACGACGAGCUCGACGACGUCACGGUCUUCACGCAGGCGGACCCGUUUGACCUCCUGGCGCCGGUCGUGAAGACGGCGGAGGACAUGGCACGCCAGGCCGCCGCGGAGGUCGGGGCGGACGACGUCUCGCCGCUCAACCCCGGGCUGUUCCACGACGUGGCGGACUGGGGGCGGAUCGACUGGAACAGCUCGGCACAGAGGCUGUGGAUCACCCCGAGCCAGGGAAGGACCUUGCAGCGCGCGCCGUACACGCCGGGGGGAUUUUGGACAAAGGUGCUGGGCGGGCGCCAUCCGGCCGCGAUACGCGCGAUGCACGGGGGCAUCUUCGCCGUCCGGCGGGAGACGAUACGGGGCCUGCCGAGAGCGGUGUACGAGACGGCCCUGGCCGAGUUCGAGAAGGCGAACUCGACGAACCCGGAGGUCGGGUUCUUCAUGGAGCGCAUGUGGGCGCCGAUGCUCUCGCGCAAGUACUGGUUGACGAGUGUGCAGAUUCCUUGA